AUGGGGAGGAUGGGAGGCAAUUCCAGGUCUCACUCUGCUAACCCCAGCGACUACAAGCUUCUGGAAGAGGUUGGCUAUGGCGCCAGUGCUACAGUGUACAGAGCGAUCUAUCUCCCUUUCAAUGAAGUCGUCGCUGUAAAAUGUUUGGAUCUCGAUCGCUGCGGCAGCAAUUUCGAAGAUAUACGGAGGGAGGCGCAAACGAUGAGCUUGAUAGAUCACCCAAAUGUUGUUAAGGCGUAUUGUUCAUUUGUUGUCGAGCGAAACCUUUGGGUGAUCAUGCCAUUCAUGGCAGAGGGUUCUUGUUUGCACCUCAUGAAAAUAGCAUAUCCGGAUGGGUUUGAGGAGUCUGCGAUCGGUUCUAUCCUUAAGGAAGCCCUUAAGGCUCUGGUUUACCUUCAUAAACAAGGUCAUAUUCACCGAGAUGUUAAGGCGGGAAACAUACUACUUGAUACUAAUGGGGUGGUUAAACUUGCCGACUUUGGCGUUUCAGCUUGCUUGUUUGAUGCAGCUGAUAGGCAACGCUCAAGAAACACUUUCGUAGGAACGCCAUGCUGGAUGGCACCAGAGGUAUUGCAACCAGGAAGUGGAUACAAUUCCAAGGCUGACAUUUGGUCAUUUGGUAUAACGGCAUUGGAGUUGGCCCAUGGUCAUGCACCAUUUUCAAAGUACCCUCCAAUGAAGGUUCUUCUCAUGACCAUACAGAAUGCCCCUCCAGGACUUGAUUAUGAUCGUGAUAAAAAGUUCUCUAAGUCUUUUAAAGAAAUGGUUGCAAUGUGCUUGGUAAAAGAUCAAACAAAGAGACCAACAGCAGAGAAAUUAUUGAAACACUCCUUUUUCAAGAAUGCAAAGCCUCCAGAGCUUUCUAUAAAGAAAUUGUUUACCGACUUGCCACCACUUUGGAAUCGUGUAAAAGCACUCCAGCUUAAAGAUGCAGCACAACUGGCUUUGAAGAAAAUGCCUUCAGCAGAGCAAGAGGCAAUAUCACAGAGUGAGUACCAGCGAGGAGUCAGCGCCUGGAACUUUGAUGUUGAGGAUUUAAAAGCCCAAGCAUCCCUGGUGCGAGAUGAUGAUGAUAUUCCAGAAAUGAUGGAAGAAGAUGAAAAGUUGAAAUCUGUUGUUAGUUAUAAGCAUGAAGCAACUGGUUGCCAAUCCAGUUUGGGGAAGUUGAACGAAAAUAGUGAACCAUAUUGGACGGAAUACAAAGAAGUAAAUGAUUAUGAGGCACAACAGGUUGAAAGCUUGAACAAAAAAGGCAAGGUUCUUGAAAGUAAUAUACUGGAAUCUGGUGGCCAGCAGAAAACAGCCUGGAAGAAAAAUGGAUCAAGCUCUGAGGCAACAGCAUCUACAUCAGAAAAAGACAUGGUACAGGCCAAGAAUAAAAAUCUAUCGGUGAAAAGUCGUCAAACGCAGAGUGGCCCACUCACACCGGGUGCUGUGCUUAGUCAUUCAUUAUCAGAAAGGGCUCGCAUAUUUGAAAGGAGUGAGAAUGAAAAUCAACCGGCAAUUGAUAAAGCUAAAUGUGAAGUACGACGAACACCAAGCUUUAGUGGUCCAAUGAUGCUUCCAAAUCGAGCUUCGGCAAACAGUUUAUCAGCUCCUAUAAAAUCUUCUGGAGGUUUUAGAGAUUCUUUGGAUGACAAGUCAAAGGCUAAUUUGGUGCAAAUUAAGGGGAGGUUUUCAGUGACUUCAGAAAAUUUAGAUCUUGUAAAGGAUAUUCCAUCAAGUACAAUACCUCGUCGAUCUUCACAGGGAUCACCUCUAAAAAAGUCAGCAAGCGUUGGUGAUUGGGUAUUUGAAUCCAGGCAAAUGCCUACCACUCCGUCUGCCAAGGAGUUGAACAACAGCAACAUACCUGCAUCGCUUCUCUUGCCUCACCUUCAGAAUCUUUUUCAGCAGACGUCGAUUCAACAGGAUAUAAUUAUGAAUUUACUGAGCACCUUGCAACCAGCUGAGGCAGUAGAAGGUACUCAAAAUGGAAAGUUGCCUCCACUGCCCCGCAGUUCUGAGACCAAUGGAAGUGUCGAAGCUGCAGUUUCUGAGAGGGAGCGUUUAUUGCUCCUCAAGGUCUCUGAGCUUCAAGCUAGGAUGAACAACUUGAGUGAUGAACUGACUGCUGAAAAGACGAGACACAUUCAAUUGCAGCAACAGCUGAAUGCUGUAUCUGGGCAGGAAGAAAAUGGGGACGGAAGAUAA